UUCCCCGAGAUAAAAAGCUCUCGGCCUCACUGGCGCACAAAUGACAAAUCGAAACUCCAAAACCCUCCAAAAUUUGAGAGCAGGGUUUAUCAUACGGGAAGUAAAAACACAACAGGGUUUGAAGGAAACCAAACAAGUUCGAAGGAAAUGUGGCGAAAAGCUCUGGUAUCUUAUGCCGGAGGGGUUCUGCUAAAACAGCCAUGGUGGCGGACGAUUGCUGCCCGGCUGUCGUCGAGUUCGAAAGCCACCUCCUCAUCCGUCGCCGUCAACUCCAUCCUUCUCCGUUCCCUCAAAGAUCAUUACCUUGAAGUCUCCAAAAUGACCCCUCCUCCAAAAGUUAGCCCUCCUUCUCCAUUCACGGUUGUGAAAGGAUCAAUUGACAGUGGCGGUGCCGUUCUAAAACGGUCCUACGGUGAAGAAGAAAUUGGUAUUUCUGUGAUGCGCUUGGCUAACAUAAUUCCUGGAGGGGGUGAAGAUGAUGACGAGGAGGAUGAUGGCAUGAAUCAGUUGUUCGUUCAUGUUGAAAUUUCAAAACCAGGGCAGCACGAUUCUCUUCAUUUCCUUUGUGGGUUGUAUCCAGAUGCUUUAGGAAUUCACUCAGUUUCGAUGAGGUCAAAGAUGGAAUCCUCAGAGGCUGCAGCCCUGCCUGUACUUCUUCGUAGAUACAACGGCCCCACUUUUGAGCAUCUAGAUGAGAAAAUGAGAGAUGCGCUCCACGGCUACAUUGAAGAGCGUGGGAUUAAUGAGAGCCUCUUUCCAUUUUUACAAGCCUGGCUAUAUGUGAAGGACCACCGGAACCUUAUGCGUUGGUUUAAAUCGGUGGGUACAUUUGUUACUCAAGCCAAGGAAGGCGCUUCAUCUGCUUCAUAAUUUUCUUGAACUGGUAUUCCAUUGAUGAGUUCCAAUCAGAAAAUGUAUCCAGUUAUUGGAGCUAGGGAGAAUGUUAAGAGGGUAGAGAAGAGGUGACAGCCAUCGAAAUGUUUGUUUUGUUGCUACAAGAUUUAGUAGGUGGGAGUGUACAUCUGCGUUGCUAUAUAAUCUACAAUCAUCUAUCUUCUUC